ACAGUCGCAAAACAGUUAUGCUGCUCACGUCGGAAUUGUAACAGACGGAACAAUAUUCAUCAUUGUAGUGCACCAUUUUUCGAUUUAAACCAAAAAAGUUGUCGUGACAGAAACAAACCGAAAAAAGUUUUCAUUUUUUCGACAGACAAAGAGGAAAAACAUGGAAAAAAUAAUGAAAAUAUUACUUUUGAUUUGUUUUGCAUCAGCUCUGGGCUCAUCAACUGAACCAUCAAGACCGUGUCGGUUGAGAAAAUUCGAUGCUGGAUACGUUUGUGUGUGUACGAAUGAUUAUUGUGAUACUUUGAACUUACCGGAAUGGAGCGAUGCAAAUGAAUGGAUGCUUGUGACAUCGACAGAAUCAGGUCAACGUUUUAAUUUUUCGUUUGGCAACUUCAAACGGCAACAUGGCAAUUCCGCAACCAUUUCAAACGAAACUCAUUGUGAAAUUAAUCAAAAUGUGUUACAUCAUGAGGUGCUCGGUUUUGGUGGAUCAAUAACGGGUGCGGUUUCGUAUCUGCUCAGCAAAUUGUCAGCAAAUUUACGUGAAUGCAUUUACAAGAGUUAUUACACAAACGACGAUGGGAUGGGAUAUACAUUGAUGCGUAUGCCAAUCGGAGGUUGCGAUUUUGAUUUGGUACCAUGGACAUAUAACGAAACACCUGAGAAUGAUGCACAUCUAAGCAAUUUCACCGAAUUACAUUCAAAGGAUGUGCUCCGAAUCAAUUUAAUUAAGCAGUUGAUGAACGUAUCCCGAAAUUUUGAUAUUAAAAUUGUUGGCGUUACAUGGAGUCCGCCGAGAUGGAUGAAACAGAAAGGCGAAUGGCCCGGAAAAAAUGAUAACCGCUUGAAAACCGAAUACUACCAAACUUGGGCUGACUACCACUUGAAAUGGCUUGAUGUAAUGCAAAAUGCUGGAAUACCUAUUUGGGCAAUUUCAACUGGAAACGAACCAAAUUUUGCUCAUUUCACUCCGUUCAUGGGUUUGAAUUGGAGGCCGAGAGAUCAAGCGAAAUGGAUAAGCCAACAUCUUGGACCAACGCUGAAAAAUUCCAAACAUGCCGCCGUACAAAUACACACAUUCGAUGAUAAUCGUGAUACUUUGCUGGCUUGGCUCAAUGAAAUGAAUACAUCGACAGAUGCACUGAGCUAUGUUUCAGCAAUCGGAGUUCAUGGUUACUUUGAUAAGGAGACAUCACCAACCAUUCUUGAUGAAACAAAAGCCAAAUUUCCAGAUAAAUCCAUUCUCCAAUCCGAGAUGUGUUUUGGGGUGACAGGCCCUCUUUCUACUACAGGGCCCAUACUAGGUUCAUGGACACAUUUUGAAGAAUUGACAAAUAUGCUUUUCGAAACUCUUACGCACAACGUAAAUGGAUUCCUCGAUUGGAACAUCAUGUUGAAUAUGCACGGUGGACCGAAUUACAUGAACAACGUUGUCGAUGCAAUGAUUAUCGUUAACGAUGAAUUCACCGAAAUUUAUAAGCAGCCACUUUUCUAUGCGGCAGCACAUUUCACGAAGUUCAUCUUGCCCGGCUCUCGACGUAUUCAAGCAAUCAUUUCAGGAGAUAAUGUGGGUGAUUUAAGCUCAUUAGCCUUUUUACGACCAGACCAUAAGGUGGCUGCUAUUUUCUAUAACAAACAUGAACAAAACACCAUUUUUCUGCGUAUAAAUGAUAAGCGUAAAGGAACUUUUGAUAUUCAGAUUGAGCCAAAAUCACUCUAUACAUUAAUUUAUUUAAUUUGAGUGCACUUGAUCUUGAGUAGCAUCACCUAAAGAAGAAUUGAAAAUAGAAAGAGAAAAUAAAUAAAGAAGAGAUGUUUCGAUUU